UCUUCACAUCUUUUGCAGAUUGGCUUCACACUUUCUCUCUGAAAUUCAUACCACAUUUUUGACAUGCGAAAAAUGGCUCCUUUUUCUUUUCCAACGUUAAUGGGUGUUUGUGCGGUUUUUGUGAUGUUGGGUCUGGUGAUGAGCUCAUCAUCAUCAACCUCAAGAUUUGAUGAGUUCUUUCAGCCGAGUUGGGCUCUGGAUCAUUUUCUCUACGAAGGAGAGGUUCUCAGGAUGAAGCUAGACACCAAUUCUGGUGCUGGUUUCUCUUCCAAGAGCAAAUACAUGUUUGGGAAAGUCACCGCUCAGAUCAAGCUUGUAGAGGGUGACUCUGCUGGCACUGUUACUGCCUUUUAUAUGUCGUCGGAUGGUCCAAAACAUCAUGAAUUUGAUUUCGAGUUCCUGGGUAAUACCACCGGUGAACCUUAUCUUCUCCAGACCAAUGUCUACGUCAAUGGUGUGGGCAAUAGAGAGCAAAGAUUCAGCUUGUGGUUUGACCCAACCAAGGACUUCCAUCGUUACUCCAUCUUUUGGACUCAACACCGUGUAGUAUUCCUAGUUGACGACAUACCAAUUCGUGUGCACACGAACAUGGAGCACAAGGGUCUACCAUUUCCAAGGGACCAAGCCAUGGGCGUGUACAGCUCAAUUUGGAACGCCGACGAUUGGGCCACACAAGGUGGCAGGGUGAAGACGGACUGGAGCCACGCACCCUUCGUUGCCUCCUACAAGGGCUUUGAGAUUGACGGUUGCGAGUGCGUGGCCACGGUGGCGGCCGCCGAGAACAUGAGGCGGUGCAGUAGUAGCAGCAACGUUAACGGCGAGAAGCGGCGGCACUGGUGGAACGACCCUACAUUUUCCGCCCUCACACUCCACCAGAGCCACCAGCUCAUGUGGACUCACGCAAAACAUAUGGUCUACAAUUAUUGCACCGACACCGCUAGGUUCCCCGUUCCUCCCGUCGAGUGCCUUCACCACCGCCACUAGUUACGUUAUCACGAUCAGAUCAAUUCUGAAAUAUGGACCUCCGGGCAGGGGCCAGGGGCGGGGUGUGAUGAAUUACACAUGUAUAAAUUAAAGAAGCAUAAAAUUAAAGCGUGUGUUACGACGUAAUUUUGUAUCAACUCUCGAUUAUAUUGUAGCCUGUGUAAAAUAUGCACUUUUCUACGUCUACGUGUCCAUUAAAAUAUGCAUUUGUUUUACGCUAUUAUAA